AUGAUUGAAAAAAAAUUAUGUGGUUAUAGAUUAAAGAUCCAGAAAAAUUUGAAAGAGGUGUUAGCAAAAUAUGAAAUUGAAGUAAUAUUUCACAAAACUGAAUUAGGAUUUGCUGGAAAAAUGUAUGAACCUUUCUCUGAUUUUCAGUCAAAUUUUUUGCAGAAUAUUAGAUUGAAUAACAGAUAUACCAUAGUUUAUACUAAGUAA